AUGAAGAAUAGAGAUCAUAAUGAAAAACCAGAAACAAAACUUAUCGGUGGACAUGAGGCUGUUCCUUACAGUCACCCUUACAUUGUAUCUCUGCAGAUAAGGUUUCUGUGGUUUCGAUUUCAUAUUUGUGGUGGUUCAAUAAUAAGUAAAAAUUGGGUAUUAACAGCUGCUCAUUGCGUAUCGGAUUCGUUCCUCACAAGCUGGUUACCAUUAGAUACCAUUGCAGGAAUUCAUAAUAAUUUUUACUUUGGAUCCAAAGCUCAAAUAAGGACUAUAUUUAGACAAUACCCGCACCCGAAAUAUAAUGGAGGAAUCGGUUCCCAUGAUAUUGCCAUGCUUUUCACAUUAUCUCCAUUUAAAUUUACUAAUGAAGUGAAGCCAAUCAGUCUUCCACACGAUUUAAAAAUUCAACCCCAAGUGUUAAGUUUAUCGGGAUGGGGUGUACUGGGUACAAGCAUUCUUAUGUUAGAUUUGCCCGAAAAGCUACAAGAGGUCGAAGUGACAUAUCUACCUUAUGACGAUUGCUAUAAAGCAGUAGAGGAAACAAAAGACAUUGAUGAAAAUAAUCCUCUAGAUGAUCAAGCUCAUAUUUGUACUGGACCUAUAACUGGUGGCGUCGCAGCUUGCAGCGGUGACUCUGGUGGACCUUUAGUUUUACAUUUCAGAAAAACAAAUACAAGGAACUUAACCAGUGAUAAAAGAGAUGAUUAUAAUAGGAGUGUUGCGGAUAGUGAUGAUGACAAUGUAAGCUCAGUGAUUAUAGGAGUUGUUUCAUGGGGUGUUUCACCAUGUGGUAAAAAAAGGAGCACCAACCGUUUAUACAAAUGUUUCCACGUAUCUGGAUUUUAUAAAUGA